GUUCGUCGCGUCGCGCGCGUAUGCAAAGUUUCAUUAGAAUGUGCUCGCGCGUGACUUUCAUAGAAAAAGAUGGCGGAUGGCACUUUGUGUGGUGAAGAUUUUGACAGAAAUAUUUUAGAGUUCAUGCAAGUUUCUGAUAGCUUGAAAGAUGGCUGGGAGCUACAGCGUGUUAAGAACUACAGUCAACAGUUCUGCACAUUUCUUGUAAAGCGGAACACCCUGAGGGUCCUAGACGUAGACGGCACUACGAGUGCAAGGCGCCUUCUCGAGAUCAAGCAUUGGAGGAUGAGUGAAGACGUUGGAAAUGAUGAGAGGAGAACGAAGGAGGAGGAAGACAAGGCCGGAAGUGUGAUUGAAGAUGUGGUUCUCAAUCAACCAGAUGUCCAGACAGCUGGCGUCUUAUGCAGAUUUGACUACCACAUUGUCUUCAGCUCCAGCUACAGUGUUCCUACCUUGUAUUUUUCAGCCUGCCAUGAAGAUGGCAAGUUACUGAGCCUUGACGAGGUCUGGCGUUCAGUUCCAUCACAUCAUCAGGAGAGACUUCAGAAUGAACGAUGGUCAUUCAUCACUCAGCAGGAGCAUCCGAUACUUGGCCGUCCGUUUUUCCAACUUCAUCCCUGCCACACAGCCGACUUGAUGAAAAAUUUGUUGAAGACCAACGAUGGAACGUUCUCGGCAUCACAUCAGAACUACCUUGUGACAUGGCUGAGCUCAGUGGGACCUGUGGUUGGACUGUCACUGCCUCUGGAGUUUGCCAAGUUAUGCAAAGGAACAACACCAAGCAGCUAAGAUUCAUCUUUAAGAAGAGAUGUCAUUAUUUCCACAGUUGGUUUUACAAGAUGGUUUUAGGAUUGCUUAUGGCAAUAACAAUGCAAGGUGCUUUAAAGCGGUAGCCAUUGGACACUAUCGGUAAACAGUAUUGUCUAAGGCCCACACUUCUUGUAUCACAACUUCUAUAUAA